GAAUUCAAUACACUUUGUGCUUCCCAAUUUCUUCCCCUUCAAACUUGCUAUAAAAUAACCAACCACAAAAAGAAGACCAACAUUUUGCUUCUAUUUCUCUGCUUCUAAUUGGCCUCCCUUAGCUUGAAGGGGGCUUUUUAUUAAUCCCUACAAAACAAUAACACCCAAUAAACUUGUAUUUCUUCUCUUUUCUGAUCCCUUUUUGGUUUGUUUCCAAUGACAUCUCUUUCCUUUCUUCUUACCUUGCUAUUACUAGCAUUGGUUGCUGUCAACGCCGACCCGCCCCCGAUCCCGCACACGCCGGACCCUUUUAAGAAUGUCCAUUUAGGGAAGGAUAUUAAACACCGGAACAACGAAGUUGUGUUUAAUGUGCUGAAUUACGGUGCCAAGGCCGAUGGCAAGACGGAUAGUUCUAUGAAUUUAAUAAGGACAUGGGUUGCAGCAUGUCAUUCCAAGGGAGCGGCAAGAGUUGUGAUUCCUAGUGGUACUUUCUUCAUCAAUCAAGUUGUAUUUGCAGGGCCAUGUACCUGUCUGAGUCCGAUCAUUGUUCAGAUCGACGCGGUCUUGAAAGGUGGUACCGAUUUAAGCGAAUUCGUCUCCGAUGAAUGGAUAUUGUUUGAGAAGAUCAACGGCUUGAUAGUCACUGGUAGAGGUACUUUGGAUGGACAAGGUGGUUCUGUUUGGAAAUACAACGACUGCGGUAUGAAUCCUGAUUGCACGAAGCUUGCUGUUAAUUUGAAACUCAAUGGCAUCACUCAUGGACUUGUGAAAGGCAUCACUUCCACCAACAGCAAGGGGUUUCACAUGUUCAUCACAAAUAGCCAAGGCGUUAGGGUGCGAAGAAUGCACAUUACGGCGCCAGAAGACAGCCCCAACACCGAUGGCAUACAUCUCAGCCGCUCCAACAAUGUGAAGAUAUCAAGAUCGGUCAUUGCCACCGGUGACGACUGCAUCUCCAUCGGUCGAGGAUCGACGAAUGUCGUCAUCAACAAAGUAACCUGCGGUCCUGGACACGGUAUCAGCAUUGGCAGCCUCGGAAAGUACCAGGACGAGGAGGACGUACGCGGCGUCACAGUCAGAAACUGCACAUUGCUGAGCACAGACAAUGGACUGAGGAUCAAAACAUGGCCGGACUCACCCCCAAGUGCAGCAUCAGGCAUCAUUUUCCAAGACAUCAACAUGCUGAAUGUCAAGAACCCCAUCCUCAUAGACCAAGAGUACAGCUGCUCAACCACUUGCAAAAAGCCGCCAUCACGAGUGAAGAUCAGCGAUGUUCAUUUCAUCAAUGUUCAAGGAUCCUCAAUCUCACCAGUGGCAGUAAACUUCAAGUGCAGCAAGCAGUUCCCUUGCCAGAACAUUGAGAUGUUGAACAUAAAUCUCAAGUACACAGGCCCUCCCAAAGCCAAUGCCCCGUUUAUCUCCGCUUGUACAAAUGCUAAAGUAGGAUACAAAGGCAUUCAAUUCCCACCCCCUUGCAAAUGAGACUCCCCACCCUCAAGUUUAUGAUGUGUUCUUUGUUCUUUUCUUUUUUUUGUGUUGAUGAAGUUUGUAAAGUGGAUUGAUUCACAUGCGAUGCUGCAGUGGCUCAAUCUAAUGCACAGAAUCUUUUGAGAAGCAGUGGUUUUUCUCUACUGAUCAAGUAAUGUGGUUUGUUAUAGUGAAUAUGAUGCAGAGAAAAACAGCAGCAAAAGCCACACUAAUGAACCCAGAUUCAAAGAUUGUUAAACAUAUUAAUUAACAC